CGCCCAUGUGUACAAUUUCCGAUCGCAUGCAUAUCAACCAUCACACCGCAGGAGUAUCAAAUAGUCCCAUCGAUUCCUUUCCCAUUUCUUUCUUCUCACCGUAAAAUCCACUGUGAUCUUUUUCUCACUGGUCUUCCAUGGAUCCUCUUCGAAAGCCGUUCAAUCCCCACAAACAUUUGAAGGAAGAAUUCGUCAGCAACUUGACCGGAUCUUCCAUGCUCGAAAUCGCUGCUCUUUCAGCAAUCGUACCUGCUCUGAUACUUCUCCGCCACUGCAUCAGCUCCAGUGGCAUACGUGAUCUUUUAUAUGUUGCGGAGAUCACACCAAAGAAGAAUGACAGUGUGGCUGUUGGUCCUAAAUAUUGGAAGAAUUACAUGGUCACCCUGGUGAUGGACUUUCUUUGUAUCAUUUUGCCAAUCCUUUCUAUUUUCACAGUUCUAGCCGAAUGGACUCAUGCAUGUGCAAUUUGCCUGGUUUUGAUGCUGCUUGUUUUCAUUUUAGUUAAAAGAUUUCUACCAUCUAAUUCUCAUACCAUAGAAGGCUUUCUAUCCUCAUCUUCUCUUAGGGCAAGUAUUUCAUCCUACCGAGUUUCCAUGAUGAUUGUGACAUGCCUAUGCAUCUUGGCUGUUGAUUUCAAAAUAUAUCCAAGAAGAUAUGCAAAGACUGAGACUUUCGGUACUGGUUUGAUGGAUCUUGGGGUGGGAUCAUUUGUGGUGGCAAAUGCAUUAGUUUCUAGACAAGCAAGGAAUGUCACGUCACUGAAAUGGAAGGCCGCACUUCAAUCUAUAAGUCCAUUAAUCUUGCUAGGAUUUGGUCGGCUCGUUUUUACAGCAGGUGUAGAUUAUCAGGUUCAUGUGGGGGAAUAUGGCGUGCAUUGGAAUUUCUUUUUCACACUGGCUGCUGUUUCCAUCCUAACAACCACAAUCAACAUCCGUCCUCAAUACUGUGGCAUAUUUGGUGCUUUGAUUCUUAUAGGUUAUCAGAUAUGCUUGAUGUGUGGGUUAAAUGAGUACUUAGUCUCUAACAAACGGGAAGCGAACCUCAUCAGCCAAAAUAAGGAGGGCCUUUUUAGUAUAUUUGGAUAUUGGGGUAUGUAUCUUGUUGGCGUCCAAUUAGGAAACUGUUUGUUCUUUGGAACUGAUUCAGCCAGUAAGAUGAGAAGUGUUCGAUGGGCGAUAAUUAGAGUCUGGUUUCUCUCCCUUCUGUUUUGGUCAUUAACGAUCAUUCUAGACAAGAAUGUUGAAAGAGUUUCUCGACGAAUGUGCAACCUGGCGUACGUUUCUUUCGUAUUUGCACAAAACUUUCAGGUUCUGGCAAUUCUAAUGCUUUCAGAUUUUUUCCCUGGCCCAAAAACUUCAUUACUAGAAGAAGCAUUCAACCGGAAUUUACUAGGAUCUUUUGUUCUCGCGAAUGUACUCACGGGCAUAAUAAACCUGUAUGUGGAUACUCUGUCUGCCUCAUCACUGGCUUCCUUUUGUAUUUUGGUGGGGUAUGCAUUUCUUUUGACAGUUCUUACAGGCAUUGCCAUGUUCUCUGGCAUCAAAUUAAAAUUUUGGUAGAUUAGAUUUACAAAGCUGAAAGUUCUUAACCAUUCGUCAGUCAGUUCUCUUUGGAUGAUCAAGUCAAUUAUGAUUUAUGGCUUGGUUGGUUUA